GUGCAAUCAGGUGUAAUGUGGUGCAACAGUGGUAUCUGAUGUUUAUCCUAAAAAGACACGAUGAGUAAGAUGAGACAAAGUCGUCAGAGAGAAGCCUGAGCUGCCUGAGGUUAGACGUCGUCGUAAUUCUCUCUAUUCGCUUGUAUUUUCGUUCUUUUCUUUUCGCUUGUAAUGUGGAGUGGUAAGCAGUUGAAUUACGUGUGUUCGCAAGGUAUCCUGUGUUGCGUCACGUUGCGUCACAUCGCGCAGUAAAAUGGAAGAGGUCACGAAGUUGGAACACCUGUCUCUGGUGUCGAAGAUCUGCACGGAGUUGGAGAAUCACCUGGGGCUGAACGACAAGGACCUGGCCGAGUUUAUCAUACAUCUGGCUGAGAGGAACAACACGUUUCCGAUGUUCAAGAAGGUGCUGAUCGAGAACGGAGCCGAGUUCUCGGACUCCUUCGUGGCCAAUCUCCUCAGGAUAAUACAGCACAUGAAACCCGCGAAAACCGCGUUCACCGAGAAGUGGACCAAGCCUACGAGCAAGCAGGACGAAUUGGCGCAAAAAUUCCCGGCGCUGGCGUUACCGAACGAGGAGCCACGUUCCGAGAUCAAGGACGUCGCCAAGGAUGAGGAUAUCGUCAACGACGUUAUGGCCUCCCUGGAGGCGUUCGCGCCGUCUAAUAAGAAGCAGUCCGCGAACGCGUCCGAGAAGAGUGACGAUAGGAUUGACCACGGCGAGAAGAGGAGCAAGCGGGGAAGGAAGAGCAGAAGCAGAUCGAGGGAGAGAAGGCGACACAGAUCCAGAUCGUCGAGUCGAAAGGAGAGGCGUCACAGGUCUCGAUCGCGUUCCCGCUCGCGAACGCGUCAGAGAUCGCGCGACAGAGCGCGCCGAAGGCGCUCCGCGUCCCGGGAACGCAGGAGAUCGUCGUCGCGCGAUCGCAGAGACGCGAGACACUCGAGGAGACGCGACGCCGACAGAUCCCGAUCCAGAUCCGCCGAGGAGACGCUCUCCGCCGAGCCGGAGGUGGGUAAGAUUUACGCGGGUAAGGUCGCGAAUAUCGUGCCGUUCGGCUGUUUCGUUCAGCUGGAAGGCCUGAGACGUCGCUGGGAGGGCCUGGUUCACAUCUCUCAAUUGAGGCGGGAAGGUCGCGUGGCAAACGCGAGCGACGUGGUCUCCAGAGGGCAGAAAGUUCUGGUGAAGGUCCUCAACGUCGGUGGACAGAAGGUGUCUCUGAGCAUGAAGGAUGUCGAUCAGGAAACCGGGAGGGAUUUGAAUCCCGUAGUGCCGAUCGCGAAGGCUGACGAGGACGAGAAGCAUUUGCGUAAUCCAGACAGGCCUACCUCCCUGCUGGAGCUUCAGGGUAACUACGACGAGGACGAGACGUACUCGAGAAAGCGCGUGCAACGUCUGUCGUCGCCGGAGAAGUGGGAGAUCAAGCAGAUGAUGGCCGCGUCGUGCAUCGAUAGGAGCGAGUUGCCGGAGUUCGACACGGAGACCGGGAUUCUGCCGCGAGAGGACGACGAGGAGGAGGACGUGGAGAUCGAGCUCGUCGAGGAGGAGCCGCCGUUCCUGCACGGCCACGGCCGAGCACUGGGUGAUCUCAGUCCCGUGCGGAUAGUGAAAAACCCGGAUGGCUCGCUGGCGCAAGCGGCGAUGAUGCAGAGCGCUCUGGCAAAGGAGCGGCGGGAACAAAAGAUGCUGCAGCGCGAGCAGGAGAUGGAUUCCGUGCCCACCGGCCUGAACAAGAAUUGGAUAGACCCGUUACCCGAAGCGGAGAGCCGCACAUUGGCGGCGAACAUGCGUGGCAUUGGCCUGCAAACGCAGGAUCUGCCCGAGUGGAAGAAGCACGUGAUAGGCGGUAAAAAGUCAUCGUUCGGUAAGAAGACCAAUCUGACGCUGUUGGAACAGCGACAGAGCCUGCCGAUCUACAAGCUGCGCGACGAUCUGGUGAAAGCCGUGACGGACAAUCAGAUUCUGAUCGUGAUCGGAGAGACGGGUUCGGGCAAGACGACGCAGAUCACGCAGUACUUAGCGGAGGCCGGUUUCACCACGCGCGGCAAGAUCGGCUGCACGCAGCCGCGUCGUGUGGCCGCCAUGAGCGUGGCCAAGAGAGUGGCGGAGGAGUUCGGUUGCUGCCUGGGUCAGGAGGUCGGCUACACUAUCCGUUUCGAGGAUUGCACCGGGCCGGAGACCAGCAUCAAGUACAUGACGGACGGUAUGUUGCUGCGCGAGUGCCUGAUGGACCUCGAUCUGAAAACGUAUUCGGUAAUCAUGCUGGACGAGGCGCACGAGCGCACGAUACACACGGACGUGCUGUUCGGUCUGCUGAAGCAGGCGGUAGGCCGUAGACCCGAUCUCAAGCUGAUCGUCACCAGCGCUACUCUGGACGCGGUCAAAUUCUCGCAGUACUUCUUCGAGGCGCCGAUCUUCACCAUACCCGGACGCACGUUCGAGGUCGAGGUGAUGUACACGAAGGAGCCGGAGACUGAUUACCUAGACGCCGCGCUGAUCACCGUCAUGCAGAUUCAUCUGCGCGAACCGCCGGGCGAUAUCCUGCUCUUCCUCACCGGUCAAGAGGAGAUCGACACCGCCUGCGAGAUCCUUUACGAGCGCAUGAAGUCACUAGGUCCGGACGUGCCGGAGCUAAUUAUCCUCCCGGUCUAUUCGGCCCUGCCGUCGGAGAUGCAGACCAGAAUAUUCGAGCCGGCGCCGCCCGGCUCGCGCAAGGUCGUCAUCGCCACGAAUAUCGCCGAGACCAGUCUGACGAUCGACGGGAUAUACUACGUCGUCGAUCCGGGCUUCGUCAAGCAAAAGGUCUACAAUUCCAAGACCGGCAUGGACAGUCUUAUAGUGACGCCGAUCAGUCAGGCGGCGGCGAAACAGAGAAGCGGACGAGCCGGCAGAACUGGGCCUGGUAAGUGUUAUCGGCUUUACACCGAGCGCGCCUACAGAGACGAGAUGCUGCCCACGCCGGUCCCGGAGAUACAACGUACGAAUCUGGCCACCACGGUGCUGCAACUGAAGACCAUGGGCAUCAACGAUCUUCUGCACUUCGAUUUCAUGGACGCGCCGCCAGUGGAAUCGCUGAUCAUGGCGUUGGAGUCGUUGCACAGUCUGAGCGCGCUCGACAACGAGGGUCUGCUGACACGGCUGGGCCGGCGAAUGGCGGAAUUCCCGCUGGAGCCGAAUCUAUCCAAGAUGCUGAUCAUGAGCGUGCACCUUCAGUGCUCCGACGAGAUUCUGACUAUCGUCAGCAUGCUGUCCGUGCAGAAUGUCUUCUACCGGCCGAAGGACAAGCAGGCUCUGGCCGAUCAGAAGAAGGCCAAGUUCAAUCAACCCGAGGGCGAUCACCUGACUCUACUGGCGGUCUAUAAUUCCUGGAAGAACAACAAGCUGAGUAACGCCUGGUGCUACGAGAACUUCGUGCAGAUAAGGACACUGAAGCGCGCCCAGGACGUGCGUAAGCAACUGCUGGGCAUAAUGGACAGGCACAAGCUGGACGUGGUGUCGGCCGGUAAGAACACAGUGCGCAUACAGAAAGCGGUGUGCUCGGGAUUCUUCCGAAACGCCGCGAAGAAAGAUCCGCAGGAGGGCUACAGGACGCUGGUCGACAGCCAAGUUGUGUACAUUCACCCAAGUAGCGCGCUGUUCAACCGCCAGCCGGAAUGGGUGAUCUAUCACGAAUUGGUGCAGACUACCAAGGAGUACAUGAGAGAGGUGACGACGAUCGAUCCGAAGUGGCUGGUGGAGUUCGCGCCCGCAUUCUUCAAGUUCAGCGACCCGACCAAACUCAGCAAGUUCAAGAAGAAUCAAAGACUGGAGCCGCUCUACAACAAGUACGAGGAGCCGAACGCGUGGAGAAUAUCGCGAGUUCGCAGGCGACGUAAUUAAAGAAUACGCUUAUAAUCUAUAUAAAUAUCGUUCUGCUACAGUAUUCGUAAUUCGUUUUACUUUCUUGAAAACCUUAGUGAUAUAUAAUACAGCUAAUCCUAGUUCUUAAAGUAAUGUUUUUAUCGUUUUUAUGCAACAACAGCUUGUAUCUACAAUGAAACGACUGGGACAUUUUUAUUUUGUACGUGUACAUAUGGCAUUCUCGAUACAUGUAAAAAAAAAAACUUAUUAUUAAGCAAGGAAUGAAGACAUUUUAAUGAUAUCGCGAAGAUAUUGAAUUAAUUUUAUUACGAUGUCACGAUGAAACCGCGGGGAAAGUAAUGCGAUCAUUGAAUUAUGUACAAGAAUGCUGUUAUAAAAAAAGAGGAGGUACUAUUUACAGGUGUACUAUUUACUCUAUAGUGUACAUACUCUUGUGAACGUUGUAAAUAUAUAAUUGUAUUCAUUCGCAUCACAUUAAA